UUGAGCCACGUUUUCCGCGACUUUCCCUGGAUUUUCCGCCAAACAUGCUCCUGAAUUUAUUCCUAUUGUGUGUGUUAUAGUGUGUGUGUGUGAGUGGAUAUUUUCGGGCUAUGCGUAGCACAUAAUGAAAGCGUUUGUUGCUGUUUCACGGAUGCCUUGAGGCAAUAUGAAAUUUAAACGGAGUCUAGACGUGCGGCUGAUCGCCCUGUGGAGCACUUGUAUACUGGUCCCGGCUAUCGCUUGCCCCUCCCAGUGUGUUUGCAAGUGGAAAAACGGCAAACGAUAUGUCGAGUGCACAGACAAAGAUUUAAAAGCAAUCCCCGAUUCGCUAGACUCCGAAACACAAGUAUUAGACUUCACGGGCAAUGAUUUGCAAGUCCUACAAAAGGAGGCAUUCCACAAACUCGGCUUGUUAGACUUACAGAAAAUAUAUCUCCAGAGAUGUCGGUUGCAGAAAAUCGAUAACUUCGCCUUUAGGGGCCUCGCCAAUUUAGUCGAGUUAGAUCUAUCCAAUAAUUACAUCACAGUCGUCCCAUCCAGCAACUUUGUCUUUUUUCCAUCCCUAAUGAGACUCUCUUUGAACAACAAUCCUAUAACGAAUAUAAAAACUCACUGCUUCCAACAUCUGUCCUAUCUGAAUACAUUAGAGUUGAGCAAUUGUAAAAUUGAAAGUAUAGAAGCAGAGGCUUUCGCUGGAUUGAAGCACUUGGAAUGGCUCCGACUGAAUGGUAAUAGGCUAUCAAAUAUUCAAGGCGAUAAUUUGUUUCCCGAUACGUUGCGGGGUAUCGAUCUGGAAAGUAAUAAUUGGAAUUGUGACUGUCAUUUGCGAGAUUUACAUAGCUGGCUAUCGAGUUUCAAUAUGCCACACGCCGUCGAGCCGAUUUGCUCGCAACCUGACCGGCUGAAAAAACGCACAAUCACAAGUGUCGAUGAAUUCGAUUUAGCGUGCUUGCCAAAAAUUUCACCAACUCUAUCGUUUAUAGAGACGAAUAUUGGAAAUAAUAUAACCCUGGAAUGUAUAGUCAAGGCUGUGCCCGAGGCAAAAAUACAAUGGUUUUAUCAAGGACAACUUAUACGCAAUUACUCGACGUCUGCCGCCGAGCCUCACCAUGUUUUCUACGUUGAGAACGGAGUUAUCGACAAAAAAAGUGAACUGUACAUUUACAACAUCGGUAAUGAUGAUAAUGGAACCUACUCUUGUAUAGCCGAGAAUACAGCUGGAAGGAUUCGAACGAAUUAUACAAUCAAAGUUCUUAUUAAAGAAGAACCAGUUGUAAUCGUGGUUACAUUUCCCCAUAGACACUUAGUAGUGAUUAUAACAGUGAUAUUCCUAAUAAUUGUACUAUUUAUCGUUAUAAUAACGGUCGUAUUAUUAAAAUUUAAAACGGAUACAAGGAGUCGCAAAAAGAAGGAAAGUGGGAAGGACGUCGCGUUAUGUAAUCAAAUUUUGCCUUCCAGUCGAGGUAAUGGCUCUUUGCCUAAAAAUAACGGCAGCGUAAUAGUGAACGCACAUUCGCACCACUCAUUGCAUUAUACAGUGCAAACAAACCGAGAAUUCGAGUCGAACGACACGUAUCAAAGCAAUAACAUGAAAGGCUUUGUAGACAGAAAUCCCGACCUAAUUAGCGAUGCGGAAACGGUUGCAAACAACGCUCAGAAUGAGAAUACAGUGUUAUCGGUGUACAAAACACAAACCGGAACCGAUGGCUUUGAGGAAGAGACUACGUUUACUGCCCCAUCCGUACAAAGACAAGUCACCUGGCAAGACCAGCAAACCGUUAACAGUAUGAGUCUACCACAAAACGCAAUGUACCAACAUUCGGCUGACGUUCAUCUUAAUCCUGGCUGCUUUUUAGACAGUGAUGGGUAUCCCUUUGACUACGGCCUACCUAAACACCCAUGUCGAGCGCCAAUGAUGUCUAAUUAUGCCGUAGUCGGUCCCUUUUACCAAACACUGCCUCAUAAUAGACCAAAAGGUCAAAAGCUCGCUUGUAAGUUCACUAAAGACACAGAAUUUAACGUGACUCCACCCCCUUGUGGUAACUUCGAGAUAUUUGACGGGACAAAUGUGCGACGUACUUUAGAGGGAUACCCAGUUCCUCGCAACCGCCAAAUUGCUUUUGUAGGAAACGGGACAGUGUAUUAUAAUGAAGAAUUCGUGCCAUCACCGCCCGAAGGUUAUAAACCCGAGCCAGUGCAGUGUUGCGCCACCCAAGAGCCAUGUGCAGCUUGGAACCCGAAAGGAACGUGUGCUGUCAUGGUUCCAAUGGGAAUAGAAGCGCCAGGUAGGUGUUACCAAGUGGAAACUCGGUGUGUAGAUACCCAAACGUCAGAUACACGAGUACCGGGGGAAGGUACGGAAAACGUUCUAAAACCACUGCCACAAGUAGCUAAAUGCGCGUCUGAUAUAUGUUCGGAAAGCCCUGACGAGGGGUAUGUGGGGGACGCUAACGACAUCUGACGACGACGGCGUAACGAUAACGCGUAAACAGGGCAAUUUAGACGCUACCGAAGUGAUAAAGCGACUGAGUAUGAAUAGUUUUGUAUAUAUAAAGUGUGUACAGUGCACGAUCCAUUUGCGUUCCGUUUAAUGUGGGUUGUUUGAUUGAAUUAAUCACUUGUGAACUACAAUUAGCAAAGGUGUCUAGUCAAGAACUGUGUUAGUAUUUUUUGAUAAUGAUAUGUGUAUGCUAAUUUUUGUAAUUAUGACAAACUUGUGCCAAGUUCGAAAUAAUAGUUAAGAAUAAAAUGCGCCUAAACUAUUUGUUAUGAUUUCUGUUAUUGCACUUGAGAGAAAAUUGGGUUUUUAAAAUGAAAUAUUGCAGACUCCGGAAUUCUGUUGCAGACUGUUUCAAAACAUUUUCUAUUGUUCUCAUUUUUAGUUGUAUCGUAAGGAACUUUGUUAGAGCCUUCUAGUCUGGAAUUAUUUUAAGAGAAAAAUCUUAUGAGUGUCAAGUAUAUUCGUAGAUUUUUAUACUAAGUAAAUAUUUGUUUUCACUAGAUAACAAAAUACAGUUUUAAUUAAAAUAUACAUAAUUUGAUUCUCAAAUAGUUUUAAAUACAUUAUGAUAAUUCCUCAUCUUUCUACUUUUUAAUAUUCACGCGGACCCUUGGAUUCUUAAACUAAAUAGUUAUAUAUUAAGUGUAAAUAAUAAAUAUACAAUAUUAUAAUGUAAAUAUUAGAUUUUAUUACAUCUCCAAAUGGAAUCGAAUAGCGAAAGCCUGUUCACAUCAUUCGCACUAAAAUUAUAUUAGCUGAAUUCAUAUUAUGAUCAUAAAUUGAUUAUAUUAAUUAGUAUGUUAUGAUUUUCAAAUACAUACAUGAAUUGAAUAAAUUUAUAGCGUGAAAUUAUUAUGAUUCGCUAGCGAUUCCACCAAUUUGUCGUAUUUGAAUUACAUAGAUAAUGUAAGUAACAAGUUUACUACAUUAUAGUUUGAAUACAUAAUAUUGUUUGUACGAUUAAUGGUUUCACUUAAUAAUAACCUUAUAUUUAAUGGUCCUCAUGAUUUUGUUUUCACCGGGCCAGAUAUGGUUGUGACACAUGUAUUCUCUCACUAAAAUUUAAUACAUUCCUUUUUUACCAUUUAGAAUCUAUAAAAAACUGUUAUAUUACCUACAUAAAGGUAAAAGUAUUUUUUAAAUAAAAUAAAGUAAUUUGUAACUAAAUUACUUACAUAUUUAUUUCUGAUCCUCGCCUAUAGUCGGUAUUAUGAAACAUGUAUCAAAUUCAAUUCAAGUUCUGCUUAAACAUUUUUCUAUACGAAAUUUUCUCUUAAGAAAUUAAACAAAAUACGUACGUAAUAUAUAAAUAAAACAUUCAAUAUUAUUUAUUACGAAUUAAGUUAACUUAUUUACAGGUUUUUAAAUGUAAAUUUCAUUAUGAAUCAAGAACUUAAAUUUACUUGCAAUCUUGUGAAAUUGAAUCGGAUAAAUUAUUAAUAUAACCGAUUUUAGUAUGAUUGGUGUGAAUAGGCAUAGUAAAUCGAUAUCAGGGUACCUCCCAUACGUUAGAUAGAGCGUUCCUGACAUCUCCUUGGUUGGAAGGUUUAUUUUAAUAGUGUAUUUAAUCAUAAUAUUAAUUUAAAAAUUAUCUGUCUCCAGAGGUCUAAUUAUUGAAUUUUAUCAAAGUUUUAUUGUACGAAACUGAUAUAUUAUAUAGUUUAAAACCACUACUAGCAAAAUAUUAGUUACACUUUUUAUAUUUAAAAAAUCCCUAAGGUAUAUUAACCAUAGCCCCUAGUUGCUAUAGACUAACAACUGAACUCAGUUGUCAUAACUACUACGUUUAUAAUAGAAACUUAGAGUUUAGGUAUCCUCUUCAUAACCAGCUUAUACAAUAUUAAAGGUCUAUGGAACAAGUCACAACUCGAUACAGGGGACUGCCAUUGAUUGUUUAUUAACAUUUACCAAAGUACCUUAUUGUCAAUUGUUUUUCAUAGAUAAACGUUUCUUCGUAUAAACCUAACAAUACCCUACAAUAUUCUCGACGAAGUAGGAAAUUUAUACGAAAAUUGAAAGUUUUCUCCGAAGUAAAAUAUCUUACCGAAUACAAUAUCACAAUAUUCCGACAAAACUUUGUAAAUGCACCUUGUUGAGACUCCUAUAUUAGUAUACGAACCCGGGAGAUGUCUGUAAACGACUGAAUAGGGAAAUAAUGUAUGAUAUCUUUUGUAAGAAGACAAUUUCUUUUCAUAUAUUUUGUAUCAUGAAUAGCAAUAAUAAUGUAAUGUAACGCGAACAAUCAAGGGCAGAAGUGAUGUUUUAUGUUUCGAAUAUCCAAUAAUGUUCGAUAUUUCUCUUGGUUAUUGGAGUCAUUCUCAAAUAUUGAUACCUUGGAAGAAUUUCCUUACAAUUAAUAUUUUAAGGAAAAUACUUACACUUCCGUUAUUAAAAGAUUUUAUUAAAUUUGAUGAUAAACAAAAAGCAAUAUAAGAAGAAAUAAUGCUGAUACUAAUCACUUGUGCCGAUGACUGUGGUGUAUUAUCCUAACUUAAGUAGUUCUCGACAGUGGUUACAUUUUUAAGUUAUGGCUCUCAAAAUAACUUAAUAAAUGCUUCAUUAUUAAUAUUCCUAAUUUAAGAUGGUAAAAAUUUAGUUUUUUUUUUACUUUCACUUCCAGUGAACAGUAAAUAGUAAAUUUACAACCGAGCUACAGGACCUACGAUGUAGUGCUACGAAAUUAUAUGGCGAAGCUUUAUAUAGUUAUAAUAAGGUAGGCAAUGUAAUAAGCGAUUAAUAUUCUUUCUUGUAACCUUAAAAUUCAAAGGAGUAUAUUGAAUUACUAUUUUUUCAUAACUAAUUCGUAAUUAUAGUAAUCAUUGUCGACGAAUUUGAUAAGAUAUAUAGAUGAUAUUGAAACAGUUGAGUUAUAUUUAUAUAAACUUGCCAUUGUUUCAAUGUUGUUUGUAUUUGUACAUCUUGGUUAUAACUAGUUUUGUCGUAGCAGUAUUUUGAUACAUAUGUACCUGUAUGCAAAAUAAAAGUCUAUAACAUCAACGCUAAUGUUUAAAUACUUAUACGGCAAACCUGUUUAUACUCACAGAGUAAAGUAAUAGUGAAGCACGAGGGAAUCACUAAGAUUCACUAUUGCCUUUUCUAUUUAACUCAAAGUAUUAAAUUGGCAGACUGGAUAGAUUCUCUUGGUACUUAAAUAGCACAAUAUCACAAUGUUAUUCUUAGCGAGA